GCAAGCUUUGUUGUGACUUUUUGCUACGAACAGCGUCGUAAACAUUUCUGCCAGAAGUUUUCUGCACAGGAUUUCGUAUUGUUUCUCUUCGAAUUUCAUUAAAAAACCACAAAAAUGCAAGACGAUUUGGACGGUACCCAUUCGGAGGAUUCUGGUGGCGAGCAACUGUUGAAGGUUGGAACACCGCUACGGGAGCAGGACCGGUUCCUGCCGAUUGCAAACAUUACCAAAAUCAUGAAGAAAUCAGUGCCAUCCAAUGGGAAAAUUGCCAAAGAAGCACGCGAAUGCAUCCAGGAGUGUGUGUCCGAGUUUAUAUCGUUCAUCACAUCCGAGGCGAGCGACCGGUGCCACAUGGAAAAGCGGAAAACCAUUAACGGAGAGGACAUUCUGUGUGCCAUGUAUGCGCUUGGUUUCGAAAACUACAUUGAGCCAUUGAAACUUUACCUGAGCAAGUACAAGGAUAAUAUGGUAUCCGAGCGUCAACAUUCGGAUGAAUCCCACGAUCCACUGCAAAUAGGAGAGUCUAGCCGACAGGGAUCGGAUUCUUUAACGACUCAGGUACUUCCGAACGUUAUUGACAAUACGGAGGUCAUUUAUCAGUCCGAUGGAAAUACGCUUUACUUCAAGGACGAACCGUACGAUCAGAUGUGAUGUUAAUAUUAGCUUUACGUUCACAACGUAUUAUCUUAAAUUAUCUUUAGAUGUUUUUUUAUGUCCAAUAAAUGAUCUUGAUUAGCUCUUUGCAUUUGAUAAACCUC